AUGGCCGCGGCACCGCACGUCGUUAUCCUCACGAGCUCCGGCUUGGGCCACGUCCUCCCGGUUUCCGAGCUGGCGAAGCGCCUUGCCGUGCACCACAGCUUCACUGUCACAAUCGUCACUUACGCCAGCCUGUCCACGCCCGGCCACUCCUCGCGGCUCGCCUCCCUCCCGCCAGGAGUCUCCGUCGCGGCGCUGCCGGAGGUGUCCAUCGACGACCUCCCCGCCGACGCGCACUUGGUGACUCGCAUCCUCACCGUCAUCAGCCGCGCCAUGCCCCAGCUACGCGACCUACUGCGCUCCCUCCUUGACUCCCCGGCGGGAAUCACCGCCUUUGUGACCGACUUGCUCUGCCCCGCGGCGCUCGCCAUCGGCAAGGAGAUGGGUCUGCCUGGGUACGUCUUCUACACCUCUAGCCUCAUGUCGCUGUUAUCGUUUCUCUACAUCCCAGAGCUCGCCAGGACCACCACCUGCGAGUGCCGCGACCUCCCGGAGCCCGUGCUGCCCUCGGGGUGCGUGCCGCUACACGGCGCCGAUCUCCUCGAGCCCCUCAGAACCGCUCCGACCCCGUGUACCAGCUCAUGA